AUGCCCUCCCCACCGGACCUCCUCGCCUCCUCGGUCCCCCGCGUCGGAGUCGCCGUGUUCAUCCUGCACGCCGACCCAUCCAACUCCCGAUCCAUAUCCACGACUUCGCAACAACCCAAAUAUAAAUUCCUGCUCGGCAAACGCCUAGGCUCGCACGGCGCGGGAACCUGGGCCCUACCGGGCGGCCACCUGGAAUUCGGCGAGUCGUUUGAAGAGUGCGCGGCGCGCGAGGUGUGCGAGGAGACGGGUCUCGACGUUGCGGAAAUUGAAUUUUUGACCGCGACGAAUGAUGUCAUGCCGUUUGAAUCCUCACCUCUUACAGAGACGACGGGAGCGAAGGAUGGGAAGGUUGUCAAGGGGAAGCACUACGUGACCAUCUUCAUGACGGCGCGGGUCCAGAACGACGACGACACCCGGUCAGGGAUGCCGGAAGCGAAACUGCUCGAGCCGGACAAAUGCGCUGGAUGGGAGUGGGUGUCGUGGGACGAGCUGGUUCGAUGGGCCGGGCCACAACUUAAACAGCUUGGCUGGGAAGUGGAAGGGGCCGGAGAAGGGGAUGGUGACGGAUCGACCGACCGUGAAAGGGAUGCUCGCACGUUGUUCUCGCCCAUGAUCGCGCUUCUGGUCCAGCGGCCUGGAGUGAUUCCCGGUCAGCAAUGA